CAGAAUAUCUAAGGCACAUGUUGAGGUGCUUGAAUCAUUUGGUCAUCAGGUAGUUUGUGUCCAAAGUGCUGCAACAAUGCUUCUAGCGCUGCCUAUACUUUUAAGUGUCUUUUCUGUUGGCAGUGUGUCUGCUGGAGGUUCCUGGUGUGCAAAAACAGCAAGAGCCAGAGCAGCCGCCAUGGGCUUGGUCCUUCCGAAGACCCCGUUUAUUCCCUAUGGUCUUCCAUCAACGCAACACGGAAGUCAUGAUCCCAAAAGAACCCACUAUGAAAAUAAAAAUGACUUCAGAGAGGCUGAGCUUGGCUCUCCUAGUGACUGGGCUUAUGGUCAAGUCUUUACCAGAGGUGUCCAGUCCAAACCAUCUACACUAAACCAUCGUGCCUCUGAACCCCAACAAGUGGACUCUCUUGGAAAUUAUGCCCCCAGUUACCGAGGGAAAUAUGUUAGCAGCCACGUGCCUGACUUUGAGCGGCUCAAUUCUUCCCCUGAACUAGAAGCAAUGGUUCUUGGUUCGUCUGAGGAAGGGAAUAGUCAGGAUAACUAUAUUCCCAACUUAUUGGCUUAUAGACGUGACCCUGUUGUAUUUCAACAUGUCUCCAGCAGACCAAAAAAAUCCUGGGGUGUGCAUUCACGUCCCUGGGGCAGAGGACCUUUCCCUUAUGGACAGGGCCUUCUCCCAGUCCAAAGGCUGUCGUCCCCCCAUGGCCCUGGACACGGUAAGAGCCUUGUUUCUAGAUCCCCUCCGCCAUCAAGUGAGCGUUUCCGCAGCGUUGGAGCAAGAGGUUCUGCUGACGGAAAGAUUUGGACCCCAGGCCCCGUUUAUUCUCCGUUCCUUGUUCAAAGGGCUGACUAUGAAGCGUGAAGAGUGACAGGAUUUGGUUUUGGAUUUGAAUAAUGAACAAACUGUACUUAGCAAACCAGAGCUUUCGAGGAGCCUAACAUGCCAGCGGGUAGCAAAUCAAUGUUCCUAUUUAGUGUUAAGAUUUUGUGUAAUCCAUUCCAUUCAUUAAGUGUUGUGAAUCAUUACUUGAAGGUCCUGCCCCCCCAACAAGAAUGGACGCUACACUGUCCAAAUGAAGUAAAGGUGUUCACUAGACAGACUGCAGUUCAUGGACUGCAUCUUAAGGUUCACUAUACAACAUUUAUUGUAUUUUUAUUUGAGGAAACUCAAUAUCCUGCAGUAUGAGCAUGUAUUAUUCUGUCUACCUGACUGCAGGUCACUAUAAAUAGACUAAAUAAAAUGUUAUUUAAAAUACAGAACUUGCUUGAUGUUCAACUUUUGAUCCCUGGAAGUGAUUGUCCCUGUAAAACCCUAUUAAAUCUUGAGAUAA